AUGGGGAAGAAACUGGACCUUUCCAAGCUCACAGAUGAGGAGGCUGAGCACAUCUGGGCAGUUGUUCAGCGGGACUUUGACCUCAGGAGGAGAGAGGAAGAAAGACUGGAGGAGUUGAGGGGCAAGAUUAAGAAGGAAAGUUCCAAGAGGGAGCUGCUUUCCAACACAGAGCACCUGAAUGGGACCCACUGUGCCCGCUGCCUGCAGCCCUACCGGCUCCUCGUGAACCGCAGACGGCAGUGCCUGGAAUGCAGCCUCUUCAUCUGCAAGAGCUGCAGUCACCCCCACCCCGAGGAACAGGGCUGGCUCUGCAACCCCUGCCACCUGGCCAGAGUCGUGAAGAUCGGGUCGCUGGAGUGGUACUAUGAGCACGUGAGAGCUCGAUUCAAGAGGUUUGGGAGUGCCAAAGUGAUCCGGUCCCUCUGCGGGCGGCGGCAGGACGGGGGUGGACCUGAACUGAGCCUUGGAGACAGAAGUGGAGACAGUGAGCACACAGACCAGGAUGGAGAAUGGAACACAGAGGCAGAUGCAGAGUUCCAGGCCUUGUGCAGCAAAAAAAAGCGCCUUCUCUCCUUCCAUGACUUGGACUUCGAGGAGGACUCAGACCACUCCACACAGCCUUGUUCUCCUCCCCUGAGCCUGUCCUCAGUCCCUGCAGCAGCACACAGCCUGCAGUCCCUCUCAGGUGAGCCCCACGCAGAGGAUGUCACCUCCCAGGAGGCUGAGGUCCUGGACGAGGAGGACUCAGGGGUUUCCUGGUGCCACCUCCAACCAGAAGAGCAGCCAAACAGCCACUCGCCUUCCAGAGGGGACACCCUUGCUGAGCUGUGCCUGCCUGGAAACACACACAGGAUGACCCUAGGGACCACUACUGUGCCUGGACUUGGUGACAGCAAUGGGCAACUCCCCUCACAGUACCUGGCCGACGUGGACACCUCGGAUGAAGACAGCAUCCAUGUUCCCAGGGCAGCCUCCCAGCAUUCCAGGCGGAGAGCCCAGGCUGCAACUGAGAGUCAGAUCUCUGAGCUGAAUAAGCGCAUGUUGACUGUGGAACAUCUGCUCACACACCUGGAGAACACAGGUGUGCCUCCCUUGGCCCAAGGUCCAGCUGCUGGAGCACACACGGAGGCCGACGUGGAGGAGGAGACCCUCAGGAGGAGGCUGGAGGAGUUGACCAGCAACAUCAGUGACCAGGGCACCUCGACAGAGGAGGAGGAGGGCAGGGAUGCAGAGGCCAAGCCAGAUGGGGCCUUAUCAGAGGUGGCUCCAGAGGUAUACACAGCCAAAGGCCACAUGGACACACAGAGAAAGAGCCCUCAGGACCCUGGCGACUUGACCCAGCCCAACAGGACCACGGACGAGGAACUGUCAGAGCUGGAGGACAAAGUGGCCAUGACAGCAUCUGAAGUCCAGCAGGCUGAGAGCGAGGUUUCAGACAUUGAGUCUAGGAUUGCAGCCCUAAGGGCUGCAGGGCUCACGGUGAAGACCCCAGAAAAGCCCCGGAGGAAGUCAAACCUCCCGAUCUUUCUUCCUCGGGUUGCUGGGAGACUCGGCCAGAGUCCAAAGGAUCAGAACGCAGACCCUGCGGGUGAGGUCAAGGUGUGUGUUGCAGUGGCUAGGCCCGAUCUGCUGAGGAGGAAGUACUCCCCUAAAGGUCAAGGCAAAGACGGUGACUCAUUGGAUCGGAAGUCAGUGUACCGUGGAUCCCUGACCCAGAGGAACCCUAACGGGAGGAAGGGGAUGGUCAGUCACAUCUUCGCGAAACCUGUGAUGGCGCACCAGCCCUGAAGGGGGAGACUCACGGGACAGGACCCAGUGACAAGGCAGCCCACACUUGUUCC